AGCAGCAGCAGCACAGACGCUCAUCCACGGGCGCAGCACAGUUUGUGAUGAUGGCGCUAUCAAAUGUCCUGGAAGCUCCUGCCGCCGGAUUCAACUUCGAGAACUCCUCCAGAAACGCUGCGUUACAGGCCGGUCUGGAAGGACAGACUCCUCGACCAAUGAAAACAGGCACCACCAUAGCAGGAGUGGUGUUCAAGGACGGCGUGGUGCUCGGAGCCGACACCAGAGCCACCAGCAGUGAAGUGGUGGCCGAUAAAAUGUGUUCCAAGAUCCAUUACAUGGCCCCCAACAUUUACUGUUGUGGAGCAGGUACUGCAGCAGAUACAGAGAAGACCACCGACCUGGUGGCCUCCAACCUCACCAUCUUCUCCCUGAACAGCGGCAGGAAGCCUCGGGUCGUCAUGGCCGUCAACAUCCUGCAGGACCUGUUGUACAGGUACCGUGGACAAAUCGGUGCCAGUCUGAUACUGGGAGGAGUGGACUGUACUGGGAGCCACCUGUACACAGUGGGGCCGUACGGCAGUGUGGACAAGAAGCCCUACCUGGCCAUGGGGUCUGGUAAUCUGGCUGCGAUGGGGAUCAUGGAGGACGGCUUCAGACCUGACCUGGAGCUGGACCAGGCCAAGCAGCUGGUGCGUUCGGCCAUCCAGGCAGGGAUCCUGAACGACCUGGGCUCAGGCCACAACAUCGACCUCUGUGUCAUCACCGACCGGGGAGUGGACUACAUCAGGCCGUACCAGGAGUCCCAGUACAAGGACCACAGGACAAACAAAUACAGAUUCCGUCAGGGCACCACCCCAGUCCUGACUGACACGGUGGUGCCGUUGGAGCUGGAGGUGGUGGAGGAGAAGGUGCAGCAGAUGGAGACCUCCUGAACCAGGGGCGUACCAGGUGUGGAACCAUAAGUACGACCAAAAACAAAACAAUUUCCUGCCUGGAGUCAAACACACCGAGACCAAGACUGGAAGACACUUUACACAGAAUUCAAAUAAAAACUUCCUGACGAUUUCCUACUGAAACACUUGGGUUUUUUGUGUCUUUCUGACCUGAUGGAAAUAAAACUCACUAAUUUGU